UCACAGCUGACCUCAAACAAAAUCUUCCAACCACGAGACGCUUAUGACCUCCCCCUCUAUGCCUUGCGGUAAUGAUUCCUCUGGCAUUACGGCCUUUACCACAACGAUGCUGUCCAUAGAUCAAUGUCUACGGCUCCAUUGCGUGUGCUCGGGGUAGAAGUUUUGUAUAAAUGUAUCGCCAUGCUAUUAAGUAUUUUUAUUCAAAUUAUUUUCUUUCUAAGAGGUGGAAUAGAAUAACCCGGUUGAAGCGUAAUGAUCAUAC